AAUAUAUAAUAGCAUUACGGACACAAUGUUUUCUUUGGAAUAUUGCUAAAGAUGAAUUAGAGUGUACACGUAUCUUUAAUAAAACAUAUACAUCAAAAAUGAUCACAUAGAUUGAGGAAUGGUUACUUUUUGCACAUUAAUUUGGAUUUGUUUUGUUUGCUACAGUGUGAAGUGUGAGACUUGUGAUUCCAAUAAUGCGAGUCCAGUUAGUAAGUCCUGUGACCAUGGCUGUUGUAAAGAUGACAACAACAACACCGUCUGCUGCGACGCACCAUUCUGGACAUGGGGUGUAGUUGUAGGGAUAGUGGUGGCCGCUAUUUUUGUAAUAAUUAUAAUCAUCAUCGUGAUACUUAUGUGCGUAUAUUGUAACAACAAGAAAACACAUACCACUCGUCUACGACAUACUGUAUCCAUGCGCUCCAAUAGAAUACGCUCUUUCCCUGAUUUACCAUUAUAUGAUGAUGUAGAAAGACCCAGACCAGAUGCCCCGCCCAUGUAUGAUGGCCCACCUCCUGGAUACGAAGAAGUACUAUCACAGGAUAGGACAAACAACAUUCCCCCAGUACAGCCUUCACAUGCAGGGCCCAUUAUUUCUAACUCUGCCAUAAUAAACAGGGCACCGUGAUUAUUUUGUUCCAGGGAAUGUUAGAUGACUGUAUGAAGUAUAAAUGAUAUGAAAAUGGUAUAAUGUUGUUAUAACUUUUAACAAUAAAAUUUGUGGGUAAAAGUACAACAGUAUAUCGAGGGAUGAAAGCGAAAAGGUUCUAACUCACUUUUUUUACAAAAUUCACUUUUUUUAUAUAUUUGUAACAUAAACACCCAUAUACAUCUUAUGUCAAAAUAUA